AUGCCUCGAACCCGUUCCCAGUCACAGGCUACAAUCAGUUUUCCAAAAAAGAAACCGUCUCGGACAGUGGACAAAGCUAAAAGCUCCAGUGACACCAAACUAGAAUUGACAAAUGCCCAGGCUAUCCUGCGUUCUUCUUGUGCAAAAAUUCUGCCUCUUAGCCCCAGAAAACGUCUGGGUGAUGACAACCUGUGCAACACUCCCCGUUUAUCUCCCUGUUCUCCACCAAAGCAAGGCAAGAAAGAGAAUGGUCCCCCUCGCUCACAGACAUCAAAGGGACGCAGACUGGUAUUUGACAAUCAGCUGACAACUAAGUCUCCUAGCAAAAGAGAACGCACCAGAGUUCACCAAAACAAAAUACAUUCCUCAGUUCCGAAAGGUCAGGACAUCACAACCGAUUCUGAGCAGAGGUGUCCGCCGGAGAAAGAAUCUGCAUGUCUGAGACUGUUCAAGCAAGAGGGCACUUGCUACCAGCAAGCGAAACAGGUCCUGACUACAGCUGUCCCGGAUCAGCUGCCUGCCAGGGAAAAGGAGAUGGAUGUCAUCAGGAAUUUCCUAAGGGAGCACAUCUGUGGGAAAAAAGCUGGAAGUCUUUAUCUUUCUGGUGCUCCUGGAACUGGAAAAACUGCCUGCUUAAGCCGAAUUCUGCAAGACCUCAAGAAGGAACUAAAAGGCUUUAAAACUAUUGUGCUGAAUUGCAUGUCCUUGAGGAGUGCCCAGGCUGUAUUCCCAGCCAUUGCUCAGGAGAUUUGUCAGGAAGAAGUAUCCAGGCCAGCUGGGAAGGACAUGAUGAGGAAACUGGAAAACCAUAUGACUGCAGAGAAGGGCCCCAUGAUUGUGUUGGUGUUGGACGAGAUGGAUCAGCUGGACAGCAGAGGGCAGGAUGUCUUGUACACACUGUUUGAAUGGCCGUGGCUAAGCAAUUCUCGGUUGGUGCUGAUUGGUAUUGCUAAUACUCUGGAUCUCACGGAUAGAAUUCUGCCGAGGCUUCAAGCUAGAGAAAAAUGCAAGCCACAGCUGUUGAACUUCCCACCUUAUACCAAAAAUCAGAUAGCCACCAUCUUGCAGGAUCGACUGAAUCAGGCAUUUAAUGACCAGGUCCUAGACAAUGCUGCCAUUCAGUUCUGCGCCCGCAAAGUCUCUGCUGUUUCGGGAGAUGUUCGCAAAGCGCUUGAUAUUUGCAGGAGGGCCAUUGAAAUCGUAGAGUCAGAUGUCAAAAGUCAGACUAUCCUCAAACCACUCUCUGAAUGUAAAUCACUCUCUGAGUCACUGGUUCCCAAGCGGGUUGGUGUUAUUCACAUAUCACAAGUCAUCUCGGAAGUUGAUGGAAACAGAAUGACUUUGAGCCGAGAAGGAGCACAAGAUUCCUUCCCCCUCCAGCAGAAGAUCUUGGUCUGCUCUUUGCUGCUCUUGACCAGGCGGUUGAAAAUCAAAGAGGUCACCCUGGGGAAGUUACACGAAGCCUAUAGUAACGUCUGUCGCAAACAGCAGGUGGCAGCUGUGGCCCAGUCAGAGUGUUUGUCACUUUCAGGCCUCUUGGAGGCCAGAGGCAUCUUCGGAUUAAAGAAAAACAAGGAAACCCGCUUCACAAAGGUGUCUCUGAAGAUUGAAGAGAAGGAAAUAGAGCAUGCUCUGAAAGACAAAGCUUUAGUUGGAAAUAUCUUAGCUACUGGAUUGCCUUAA